GCCGUCCCGGGCCGCUUACGCGGAACACGCGGCUGAAGCCGCGCCGCCGGCAUUACGUCGCGCACCGUCGACCGCGACUGACGUUCCUGUAAUUGUGUUUCAUUUGCAACCUCUAUUUCGAUGUACUGUGUUUUCUCGAAUCUACAAACGAGCCUCGUCAACAAUCGUGUCUGCGCACAGUAUCGAAUCUUUCUCGCGAAACAAAAGUGAAAGCUUCUCAUUUAAGCUGUCAUUAGACCAACUGGUGUCAGAGGUUCGGAAACCUCGGCGUACCUCGCGUCCAGCAACCUGUAGGAGCCUCCAAUCCGGGUAAAAACGUGUUACAUCAUCAAUAAGUGAUCGUAUAGUUUAAUAAUAAAUCCUUGAUAGAUCGUGCAUCGAUCUCUGUAGUGACACCUCGCGGACUAAAAGUGCAAUAGAGGGGAGAAACAGUUUCUGAUUGGAGGUGUUACGUUGUUAUUCGAUAAAUAUUGUCAUGGCGUUGGCGGGAAACGAGUAAGUUUAAGAGCUGUCGUUAUGGAACUCGGAGAAAUUUCGAGAACGCCGACAAUACUUCGUACGUGUUAUAAGAUACGAUGAAUGUGUCGGUAAGUAUCCUGGAUAUCCAUCGUGUGGACCAGAAGCGGAGAAGCAGCUGCUGGAGGAGGAGUUACUGGUAGCAGCCAGGAAGUAGAUAGCAGGCUCCGGUGGAGUGUAUAGAUCGAGGAGGCAAGUGAAGUCACGACGUCUUGCCCGGAGGGUGCGUGCUUGGGCGACGAGGGGCGGCUACUGGCCGAUGGGAUGCAUCUACCGGUGGGUUCCGUGGGCUGCGGGGAGAAUUACGCCACCGUUGGAUCCCACGAAGGCGCCGGCCCGUGCGGCCCCUCACUGGCGCCUCUCCAGGGGGUGAACACCAGGUACCAGCAGGCCGACGACGCCGACGCCGGGGGAGGAGGUGGCGAGAUGAGCGAGGGUGCCGCCGUCGGCGAGCUGUGGUGGACCGAGAGACUCGUCGGCGAGGCACAGGCUGAACACCCUGGCGAAUUAGUUCGAACAGGAUCACCGUAUUUUCUAUGUAGUCAACUGCCAACUCACUGGCGGUCCAACAAGACGCUUCCGGUGGCGUUCAAAGUUGUCGCCCUGGGCGAAGUCGUCGAUGGAACUCUAGUGACAGUGCGAGCGGGUAACGAUGAGAACUGUUGCGCCGAACUAAGGAAUUCCACUACCUUGAUGAAGAACCAAGUCGCCAAGUUCAAUGACUUGAGGUUCGUCGGGAGAAGCGGCAGGGGAAAAAGUUUCAGCAUCACAAUUACUGUAUCAACGACACCACCCCAAGUGGCCACGUAUACGAGAGCCAUCAAGGUGACCGUCGAUGGACCCAGAGAACCGCGCUCCAAAACGAAUAUCCCGAACAGGCACGACGCGAUAGCGAAGUCAGGCCUUGAUGAUCUAACAUUCGAAGAGAUCCUUGGUGCUCUGAUGUUGGAUCGGUCGAAGAACAAUCCUCGUUCAGGGCAGACACACAUUCCUGGAUUGGCGCGAGUUCCCGCAUUGUCCCGAGUUCCUGGACUGGCACGAGGGACCUUUCCCGACGCACCAAGCCCGUUCACUCCCUACCUACGGGAACCAGAGCCGUACAGGAGGAAUAAGCAUCACGUCGGCAACAACGUCACCGCGAAUUCGGUUAGUGGUGCCUGUACCAACCCCAACAACACCGAUCCGACCGCAUCGCCUGCUUCCAGUACACACCUCGGGGCUAAUAGUGGCUCCUCGGCUCAUCAAGAUUGCUACAAGCACAGUCCUCAGCAUGGUGAUACGAGUACGGCUGCUGCAGAGUGGACUUACCCAUCUGCAGCAUCUUCUUAUCCAGCUCCACCAGUAAGCAGUGGUGGCUCGUUUUCGCCGAUUCCUGGAGGAGCGUUUUCGUAUCCAGGGGAAGCCCUUUCUCAUCAUCCCACGACGGAACCGGUACCAUUACCCACUGUUCUUCCAUCAGACAGUCAACAGGACACGUACACGCCGAACUGCGUCUCCAUGUAUCCAAGUCACGGAACCUCGUCGACCUCGUUGCCAUUGGUACCCAGCAAGACCAGCGAUCCAGACAUCUUCGCGGGCGGUGGGACAGGCAGCGGAAGUCCAGGUUACCACUACGGUUCCUGGACCUCUGGACCAGCCACGCCGGUUCCGGUCGCCUCACACAAUUACAAUCCAAACUACCAAGGCUACUAUAAUAAUCCAAGCCAAAAUUACAUCAGUCCAGCGCCAAUGGUUCUUUACCCACAGUUGUACAGCACGGUGAACCAGAACCAGAUUCAUCUGCAUCUGCAUGGUGAUUUGAGCGAGGAACAGGUCACAAUCGCCGGCAGCAAUCUGACGAUCAGCAGCAACAGGCUGGAGAUCGGAGUCAUGGGCGAAGAGAACGAGCAAAGGAACGAUGUAUGGAGACCUUACUGAAGAGAUUUGUAAACGAUUCUGUGACUUUAAAUGUUAUAAAUGUGAUAUCGAUGAAACGAUAAUGUUUGCAAUAGGGAGUUGAGAGAAGGGUCGAGCGAAGGUGUUAGGAACUUGGUGAUGUAGUGGUAGUGCUCGAGGAAAUGGUCGAUUUUUCGCGGUCACACGAAGUGUGAUUGGUAUCGACGGUGACUGAGAACUGGAACACGAAUGUGUAGAUACGCCGUCAUCGUGAGAAAGUCUCGAGGUGUUAGGAAAGGAUCUCGACUCUAAGAGCGUCUCUAACUCGAUCGUUUAGAAAAAGCAUCGCUGGAGGAGCGCGUAGAGGGAUCAGGGCUCGAUACGCGGCUGUAAAUUGAGCCAGCGCGUACGUGUAUCCGCAAAGUGGGAAGAUAGUCAUGUAACAUUGUAAAUACAGAUAUUUUCCAUGAAAUAAAAUCUUGCCUGAACAGGUU